GACCGACUCUUGUGUGUUCGUGCUCGUGCGUGCGUAUAAUUGGGGGUGGAGCAGAAUCCGCCAUUGCUGCCGCUCGCUCUGCUUCUUCUUCUUCUUCCUCCUCCAACUCCUCCUCCGUUGGGACGGCGACGAGUUGAGUUUGAUUCUUUGAUUGAUUUCUCUUCUGAUUUUCCUCGGUAGCGAAGGGGGAGGAUGUGGCGCUCUGCCUUCUGCGAUUGAAGCUCGAUUCGCCAUUGCCGGCUACCUGGGGAACGGGAACCCGGACAGGGCGGCGCCUGGACGACCGAUCAGUUAAAAGUUAAUUCAGUAAUCAGAUAUGGUUCAUCAGCAUGAUGAGUCAACAGCAAAUGAAGUCAGCACCACCACACAGCUUCCCUCCUAUGGAUCAUCUGAAGAACCGCGUGUGUACAAGGUCAGGUGUCCUCCUCAAAAGAACUUUGCGAGAGAGUUUAGAGACACAUUGAGAGAGACUUUCUUCCAUGACAACCCAUUACGCCAGUACAAGGACCAAUCUGGAUCGGCAAAGUUCAUGAUGGCGCUGCAGUUCCUGUUCCCAAUCUUUGAGUGGGGCAGGUGCUACAACUUAAGAAAGUUCAAAGGUGAUUUAAUUGCUGGAUUGACCAUUGCAAGUCUCUGCAUUCCCCAGGAUAUCGGGUAUUCGAAGCUUGCUAACUUGGAUGCACAAUAUGGACUAUACUCCAGCUUUGUUCCCCCAUUGAUAUAUGCUGCAAUGGGCAGCUCAAAGGAUAUUGCAAUCGGUCCGGUUGCAGUGGUUUCGCUUUUAAUAGGUUCACUUUUACAGAAUGAAGUCGACCCUGUCAAAAACAAGGAGGAAUAUCUGCGCCUUGCUUUCACGGCUACCUUCUUUGCUGGUAUCACUCAAGCAGCCCUAGGAUUUUUAAGGCUAGGAUUCCUCAUCGAGUUCUUGUCACAUGCUGCAAUUGUUGGGUUUAUGGGAGGAGCAGCCAUUACUAUUGCCCUUCAGCAGCUAAAAUAUGUGUUGGGCAUCAAGAGCUUUACAAAGAAAACCGAUAUAAUUUCUGUUAUGCGCUCUGUUUGGACUUCAGCUCAUCACGGGUGGAAUUGGCAAACUAUUGUGAUUGGCAUAACUUUCCUUGCAUUCCUUCUGCUUGCCAAGUACAUUGGAAAGAAGAAUAGGAAGUUCUUCUGGGUGCCAGCUAUUGCUCCUAUAACUUCAGUUAUUUUGGCAACCCUUUUUGUGUUCAUUACUCGUGCUGACAAGCAAGGUGUUCAGAUUGUUAACCACAUCAAAAAGGGCAUAAACCCAUCAUCAGUCCACAAAAUUUAUUUCACUGGUCCAUUUGUUGCAAAAGGUUUCAAGAUCGGUGUCAUUUCCGCCAUGAUCGGUUUAACGGAAGCUGUGGCAAUUGGGAGGACGUUUGCUGCUCUGAAGGACUAUCAAUUAGAUGGAAACAAGGAGAUGGUAGCACUUGGAACUAUGAACAUAGCAGGGUCAAUGACAUCUUGUUAUAUUGCAACAGGUUCUUUCUCUCGUUCCGCAGUCAAUUUCAUGGCUGGCUGCCAAACACCAGUGUCCAAUAUCAUUAUGUCAGCAGUUGUGCUCCUGACCUUGUUGGUCAUCACACCACUCUUCAAGUACACACCAAAUGCGAUCCUCGGGUCGAUAAUCAUUUCUGCGGUGAUCGGCCUUGUGGACUACGAAGCAGUAAUUCUCAUUUGGAAAGUUGACAAAAUGGAUUUCAUUUCUUGCAUGGGAGCAUUCUUUGGUGUGGUCUUCGCAUCUGUUGAGAUAGGUCUUUUAAUAGCUGUAUCGAUUUCAUUUGCUAAAAUUCUUCUUCAAGUAACAAGGCCAAGGACUGUACUUCUGGGAAACCUUCCAGGCACCACAAUAUACAGGAACACUGAUCAGUAUCCAGAAGCAAGACAUAUUCCUGGGGUUGUAAUAGUGAGGGUUGAUUCUGCUAUCUACUUCUCCAACUCAAACUAUGUCCGGGAGAGAACUCUUAGGUGGUUGACGGAGGAAGAAGAGAAAGCCAAAGCAGAGGGACAGUCUAAAAUCAAUUUCUUGAUCAUAGAGAUGUCCCCGGUCAUAGAUAUCGAUACAAGUGGCAUCCAUGCUCUAGAAGAUCUAUACAAGAAUCUUAAGAAGAGAGACAUUCAGCUCAUCCUAGCAAAUCCUGGAUCCAUCGUCAUGGAAAAGCUCUUGUCAUCCAAGCUCAACGAGCACAUAGGGAGUAACAAUAUUUUCCUCACGGUUGCUGACGCUGUGCGUUUCUGCACAAGAAAGUCGAUGCAAGAACCAUGAAGAAAAAUAGAUGAGAGAUAAAGAGAGAGAUGAUGAACAAUAUUAUAUAGCAUAUGCGUAUCAUCUACUUAUGAUAUAGAGGAAUAGAUCCAUAGUCAAAUCAGCUGGUUCAGUGAAAUACUGGUGAUAGCAUAUACAAUUGGAAAUAGUUGUAUGGUGAAUAGGGUUGCUAUAAACCAAAAUGUCAUGACAGACAAAUGGAAGGAAACUGAUAAUAAUAGGUUAAGGCAAUCCUUCCUACCCUGAAUUAAUUCCUCUAUUAAUUCC